GACUAUGUGCGAACAUCGACAUAUCAACGUGCCAUCUUGGCCAACGCAUCUAUCGAUUUCCGGGGCAAAGUUGUUCUGGAUGUGGGUGCCGGGUCUGGAAUCCUCAGCUUCUUCGCCAUACAAGCUGGAGCCACUAAAGUUUACGCAGUUGAGGCGUCGAAUAUGGCCGCACAUUGUAAUACUCUGGUUCAGGCUAAUAAACUUGCCGGACGAAUUGUGGUUAUCAGGUAACCAGUUGAGUUUUUCUGUUUUUCAUUUAAUANNNUAA